AAAUUUCUUGUGAUUAAUCGCCGAUUAUGUCUUUGAAAAACGAUGCGAGUAGUAGCCACGACGGCGGAAGCAACGGAGAAAGCGUAAUCGAUGAUCAUGGCCGCCGUAGAAGCACUUGCGGCUACUGUAAAUCCCCAGCUCGGUCCAGUACCUCUCACGGUUUAUCAGCAGAGACUCUCACCGUUUAUGACUACCAAGCUCUUAUUGACCGAGGCUGGAGACGAUCUGGUUCUUAUCUUUACAAACAUGAGAUGGAUAAAACGUGUUGCCCUCCUUAUACGAUCCGUUUGAAAGCAAGUGAUUUUGUUCCUACUAAAGAACAGCAGCGAGUAUCUAGAAGACUAGAAAGGUUCUUGGAUGGCAAACUCGAUGUGCAGCCCAGGGAACACACAGGUGCUUCUUCCUCUGGUGAAGUUUCAGAUGCAAGGAGGAAAACAUUUGGAGCUGCCAAGAGUGAAGAAAAGAAUAAAGUUGAACCAAUUAUAGAUGACUUGUCUAAAAAAAUUGACCAAGCUGUGCAAUUAUACAUACAGAGUGGAGAAUUCCCUUCUGAUAUGCAGAUACCAAAAGCUUCAGUGAAGAAGGUUUUCUGUGCUAGAAGAAAGAAACUAGCUGAAGGAACAGAACAACUCUUAUACACCAGCAACAUUGCUUUUCCAAUCGCAGCUGCAAUAAAACGCACCCAGACAUCUGAGAAAGGGGGAAUAAAUAGUGCAGAAGGAAACAGAUUAUCACCUGAAACUAUUUCUGAGAUGUUGUUGAGUGCGAUGCAUAAGGUGGGGGAAACUCAUGAUAUGUCUAUUAAAGUCUGUAAGGGCCAUAUCAAUUUUUUUUCAGCUGCCAAAGAUUCUUUCUCUGAUAGAGAUGUUGUACCUAAUGGUGACAUCUCGAGAGGAGCCAAUUCAACAGGUGGAAGUGAAACCCUUCGCACUAAGAAGGAUUCAGAAAACCAUCAGGCAAGAAAGCGAAAGCUGGAGAUACAUUUGAAAAGGUCUAGUUUUGAUCCUGAAGAACAUGAGUUAUACAAACGGUAUCAGCUAAAAGUGCACAAUGAUAAGCCAGAGCACGUAGCAGAAAGUUCUUACAGAAGGUUUUUGGUCGACUCUCCUUUAAUAGACGUUCAACCUUCAGGUGAUGAAAAGGUUCCGCCUUGUGGCUUCGGCUCUUUCCACCAACAAUAUAGAGUUGAUGGGCGUCUUAUUGCUGUCGGGGUUGUAGACAUUCUUCCUAAAUGUUUGUCAAGUGUAUACUUAUUCUGGGAUCCAGACUAUGCAUUCUUAUCCCUCGGGAAAUAUUCUGCAUUGCAAGAAAUUAAUUGGGUUACAGAAAACCAAGCUCACUGCCCUUCUCUUCAUUAUUACUACCUUGGCUAUUAUAUACAUUCCUGCAGGAAGAUGAGAUAUAAAGCAGCCUAUCGUCCAUCUGAGCUUCUAUGUCCUCUUCGUUUCCAGUGGGUUCCAUUUGAAGUAACAAGGCCGAUGCUCGAUAAAAAGCCAUAUGUCAUCUUGUCUGAUAUCGCCAUUUCACAGAAUCAAUGUUCUAUACUAGCUCCUGGUUCUGAAACUCUAGCGGAACCAGCAGCAAGUGAACAUGAAGACAUGGAACAAGGGGAGACGAAUGAUAAUUUUAUGGGCUGCAGUGAUGAUGAUGAUGAUGAGGAUGAGGAUGAGGAUGAUGAAAUGUAUGAGAUUGAAAUAGAGGACUCUCAUAUUGAGUCAGACCCUGGAUCCAAAGAUAAAGACAUUAACAACAUUCUUAUCAGUCUUUAUGGAUCCCAAUAUAGAUACAAGGAUAUGCGGCAGAUCAUAACUCCUGUAGGCCGGAAGCAACUGGAACCGAUGUUACAAAGCUACCGCAAGGUUGUGGGAGCCGAGCUUUCAGAGAGAAUGGUGUAUGAAAUCAACUAAAGCUUUCAAUCAAGCUUCAUUGAGGUAAAAAUCAAAAUUGUUUGUAUUCAUGUAAUCAUGUUUCAAUUGUUGUAUACUCCUAUCUAUGAGGCUUGUACAUGGUGUCCUUCUUUAAGUUUGUUGUGUUCACAUUUUUCUGAUUACCUUAGCUUAUCAUAUUGAAAUUUUUAUCAAUCUUUGGUACAUAUGGUUCUGUUAUGCUUUUUAUAACAGAGAGAUUUUGUGAGAACAAUAAAAGUUUGAUAUUUUU